AUGAUAAAUGCAAUGGCUAAUGGAAUGUGGUAUUAUGAUGUGCAAGGUUUAUCUUUUGUAGCUAAAGGGUUGGGAAUGGAGUUUGAAUCACUAUUACCCAGCUGGAUGGUAAUUGACUUUUUGAAUAAUAAAUUCUUGGGAGAAAUUCCUAAAGCACUUGGUGAACUUCAUUCACUUAUUGUCCUAAACCUUUCUCAUAAUAGUUUAACAGGUCCUAUCCCAUCAUCAUUAGGUGAUUUGCUAGAGCUUGAAUCAUUAGAUCUCUCAUCAAACAUGUUCCAAGGAAGAAUUCCAAUGGAAUUAACGAAUCUUGGAUUCUUAGUGGUGUUAAACCUUUCUCAAAAUAAUAUAACAGGACCCCUUCCUCAAGGAAAACAAAUUAAUACUUUCACUAAUGAUUCCUACAUAGGAAACUUGGGUUUUUGCGGGCUGCCAUUACCAAACAGAUGA